ACUAAAGCGCUCCUCCCCCUCCAAGGAGAAAUUUGGAGUGGACCGGAGCAGAUCUCCUAAACUGCUCUGCUCUCACAUUUGACCGCUGGCCCUUUGGAGAAACUUCAAUACAGCCUUGCUUAUUUACCAGCAAUGAGCGCGUGAAGAAGAGGAGCACAAACUAAAGUUGCUGAGUCAAGAUGACGGCCAUUGAGAGCAAAGAGGAGAUCAGUGACACUGACAGCGGGAUCAUCUUGCACUCUGGUCCAGAAAGCCCCACGUCGCCUGUCAAGGACCCAAGCACGCACGCCAGAGCCCUCAAACUCAAGCACCAGUCUCUGGAGGGCCGUCUGGAGCUCUGCUUGCUGGAGCUCAGGAAGCUGUGCGUUCGAGAGGCUGAGCUCACUGGUAAAUUACCCUCAGACUAUCCACUCAUGCCAGAUGAGAACCCGCCGCAGGUCAGAAGGAGGAUCGGUGCUUCCUUCAAGCUGGAUGAAGGUCUCAUCUAUCUGGAGAAAGAGGACUCCGAGUUGCACGGCCUUGAGACCGAGCUGGCUCUCCAGCGGCAGAUCUACGAGGCUGCGCGCAAACUCUCGCUGGAGGAGAAGCUCAGCAAGCCUCAGAAGAAGAGCCGCGCGCAGCAGUGCAAGCGGCAGGAGAAGAAGGUGCGCGACCUGCAGGAGGCCGUGUUCCAGUGUAGGAUCCGGAGCGAGUGCAGCUCUCCUUGCAUUGGCGACACUACGACAAAAAGCAAAGAUCUGAACAUGUCUGAUGAUAGCUCACUGUCUGAUGUGGUAGCCCUGGAUGAAGAUGUGGACUCCCUUGGCCCUGUCUCUGCUCCAGUGCCCAACUUGCAGACGUCCUUUGUAAGCCACGAACGCUCUCCGAUCCAGAAUUCUCCCUGGAGGGAGUCCAGUCUGGACCAGCCUUAUCACAAGGCUGCAAAACCUCUACCUGUUGGCAGCAGCAGCUCGGGUAGUACAGCGGGAACACAGGUCUCAGCAGACACCAAUAGAAUUCCUCUCUCUCAGUUCAUAAAGAACUCUGCGCUACGGCCCAAUCACUCCGCCAGCGCCCCUUCCACACCAGAGCUGCACCUGCGUCGACAGUACUCCCAGUCCUUCAGAUAUCCCAAGACGAGGCCGUGCACUGACAAAGAGUGCCUCAGCUCAGAGUCCGUCAGAGUGCAAACCCGCCUGCCGCAGCGGCGCCGCGCCACCGACAUCGUGGUGCUCUCCCCAGAAUCCUCCCCCCUGCGGCCGUACCAGUCCAGCUCAGAGGACAGCAGCUCCGAACACUCCGCCUCCUCCUAUGUGCCAGGCCAGGACACGCCCGCAGAGAUCCCCAAGCUCUGCCCUCCACCAUACGGCUUCCACUUGGCAGCGCCCACGAAGGGGCUGCCGGGUUUGAACAUACAGCCCCUCUCCCCUCAGGACAAGCGCUUGGUGGGCCGGUGCAGCCCUCAGCAAAGACCUUGGCAGGACGGGUCGGCGUCUGCCAGGAGGACACCCAAGCUCCCGCCCCCUUACACCAGGGUUCUGCGUACGCCCUCGCUGAAAGAGUACACCAACCGGGCCGUCCGCAUGAUGCCCAGGGAGGUUGUGUCGGAGGAGCUCAAGUCCUGGCACCAGCGCAGUCAGAGUGUGCCGGGCUGUGCGGAGCUGCAGAGCCCCCUGGGAGUCAAGAGUCCCACUUUACUGCACAUGCCUCCAUUUAAUAAGGGUUCAGGUAAUUUGGUUCUCCAGAGAGCUGCAGACGGGACGCCAGUCCAGUGGUUUGUUGCAGAGGACCAUGAAAUUGUGAGCCAGGUGUAGCUCACCGUUGGAAUAAUUUGUUUCAGUCGUCGUAUGAUCUAUGCUGCCCUUUUCUAUCGUUUGUAUUUAAGGCUGUAUUUAUUUAAGUAUUUGGAUUCUUGAGAUUAUAUGCAGAAAAUGUGCACCCACAGAUGAGCAUAGUUCCCCUUCGUCUAUAAUUUAGAACUUAAUGUAUGAAGUAUUUAUUUUCAAAUGCUUUUUAGUGGGGGCCACGGUGUAUGACUGGUGAGCACAUCUGCCUCACAGUUCUGAGGACCUGGGUUCAAAAUCGGCCUCGCCUGUGUGGAGUGUGCAUGUUCUCCCCGUGCCUGCGUUUUCUCCCACAUCCCAAAAACAUGCACGAUAGGUUAGUUGAAAACACUUUCGCGUAGACGUGAAUGUGAGUGCGAAUGGUUGUUUGUUUAUAUGUGUCCGGCGAUUGGCUGGCGACCAGUUCAGGGUCUACCCCGCUUUUAGCCCGAAGAUAACUGGGAUAGGCUCCAGCGCACCCACGACCCUGGUGAGGAUAAGCGGUACAGAAGAUGGAUGGAUGGAUGGAUGCUUUUUUAGUCGAUGCUUCUCCAAUUUGGAGCUCAAUGUUUUAUGCAGAACUCAUUUUGCACAUAGAAAUUCACCCAGCAUUCCUAAUAUAAUUUAUUUAUCAACUAUUGGAAGGUUGUUGCUCGUAACAUAGACUACUAAAGGUUUGAUGUAAACGCAUUGCUUGUGAGUAAAAUAUCGUUAAAAUUUAACAUGGAACAUGUUGCAUUGAAAGAUGAAUUAUUGCUCACUGACGCCUUUAACGGUGUUUUGACUGUUGUUCUUGCAGAAUGUUGUUACUAACCAGGUGAUUGUAUUUUUUCUAUAUUUAUAGUAAAGCAUGUACAAUUGAACACUGUGGGCCUUUUCUGCCUAUAGAUACCUUUUAAAAAAAACUAGAAAGCAAAGACUGCAUGAAAAUGAUUAAAGGAGACAUACAGUAUUGCAUUUUUUCACAAUUCAAAACAAUUCCCACAUAAUGAAAGGUCUGUGACAUUUUUUGGUCAAAGUACACAAAGGAUAAAGAAAUUAUUUAACAUCCGUUUGUCACGCGCUGCGGGAAUUCACUCAGUUUAGGGGUGGAGUGUGGUUCUGUCCGAUGCAAAUGAGCCACUGCUAAUUCCAUCGGAGUCCAGAGACUCCCAAAAUAUUCAGUAAAAGUAUCAUUUGUACUUUCCUCGUGCAGUCAGCACUUCACACAUUGUAAUUCAGCAAAAAAAAAUACAGAACCGCCCGCUCACAGAAACCUUUUUAUUAAGCUAACAAAAGAUUCACUUUUUAGUUUAAUUUCACAUGUGAUGAUGGCACUCCAAAGACCCACCUUUUUUUAUACAAGCAUUUAAAAGGUACAUUUUCCAUAGUAUGUCCACUUCAAUAUUCUUACACAAAGAGAAAAAUCCAGGUAAUAAAGGCGAGAAGCACAAAGACGCAGAGCAGCAAACAGCGACAACGAGCGAAAGGCCGUUGCCUGCGCAGCGAUCCAUCUCUGAAAACGACAGCCAUCAUCAUCAUCAUUAGAUUAUUUUAUUAGGAUUCAAUCGUCAACAAAAAUAAAGACCUACUCAG